UUAACGAUCUGAAGAAAGCUCUUCGACCUUUUACCCUUUACUUUAUUAAACAAUGAACCUCUAAUUGAGCUGUGCAGACUGUUGCAAAGGGGGUUUGUACGUGUGAAAAUACUCAAAUGGGAUGAGAAAUCUCGCUGUCAUUCCAAUUCCUACACAACAGUCGAGAUACAACAGAGUUCAAGCAUUACCAAAGUCUGGUUCUUAUAGCCACCAGGUCCCCUUGAUAUGAUGUACGCAAUCAACUGCGAGUUCGAUACCACGUAUCCUCUACAUGCGACAAGAUAAAACGAUAAACCCUUCCCCUUGCGAUGCGCUCGAUCACCGCUGACGAUAUCUUUCAAUAUGCCCUGCAAAUUUUACAAAUGGUGGUUGGAAGCGAAGGCCCCUUUUUGUUUUAGCUGGACCAUUUGAAUACCACUCGAUGAACCCUCAGAGUGUUCAGGAAAAUGCUACAAAUCUCAUAAUUAUCUGCUCGUCUGCAUGGUCCGAGAAACGAUGGUCAUUUCGAAAGACCGGAGAGAAUAGCUCUGAAUGUGCAAAGUGUAGGAGCUUCCCGAGCUAUAAGCAGAAACUCCUCGAAAUCUGGCUGAAUAUAUGCUGAAAGUUUCACACUAACAUGUUGGAACCAUCACCUGAAUAUGCUGUUCGAUUUUCAACACGAGUUUGCAUGCAUACCGUGUAACACAGUCUGCAAGUCUACGGUCCGACAGGAAAGACGUCAAAGUUUUGCAGUUUCUAAGCAGUCAUAUCAGAUUUUUGGAGUCCUCUUGGUCAGUGCUAUUGAGGUGUGCAUACAUGGUGAAAUGCGGCCAUUCUUGGGGUUUCCAUUCGGGCGCAUCCACUACUAUCUCCCUGUAUCCAGGUCGCACGCGAGGUAGCCGGAUACUGCCUUCUCUCCUCAGGUCUAUGUAAUUCGAUGUGAGAUUACAUGUUUCAUAUUAUGCGAUGUCCUUUGUCGUCUUAUUCAUUUAUUUGGCGGCAGCACAUGUAACCCACUCAACAUAUAUGUCUUGCCUUGAAGCAGAUUUCGGUCUAUUGCCGUGUAAAAACAAUUCCAUGUGGAGUUCACAAGCACAGCAUCAUUUGCUCUCUUAUGGGCCUCACAUGACACUUUUUCCAAUGCUUAUCAUAUUGGUUUUAGCCCUUCAAUCCGGCUGAUACUUCUACACACCAUUUCACCAACCCGCUGCUCUACAUUUCCGCAUUCUAUAAGUCGUUAUCUAUAUUUUUCUAUUGUUUCUGGAUGUUGACCGGGUCUUUUCUGCAUGAAAAAUCACGAGUGUUCGAUUUUCUGGACCCUUGCGCAAAGAUAAGCACCAUCACAUGCCAUUCGCAGCAGACUUUCAUGGCUUAUCAACAACACACCACAUUAUUUUUAUUUGCUGUCGGUCGAUAAGAACUCCAGUGUGACAUUAUGAGAUGGAUUUGCUAGAAGAAAAGAAGACGGUCCCCUCGAGAAAGGUUUGGUAUAAAUCUCCAUUCGAUUAAACAUCUCUUAUCUCCAUAGUCAUAUCAAAUCAGUAAACUCUCACAUUUGCCACUGUCUUGUCGCAACUACGGAUCUCUUCUUUCCAUUCCAAGACCACGAGUUCAUCAUGCUUCACUUGCCAUAUCCAUUUCCGGUCACUACUCGAGUAAUGGAGUAUAAACCACUUCCAGAAAACUCUACCACAGAGAAGUCCGAGCCCUCCAACACCAUGCAACCACUUGAUGUGGUCGAUAUCGAGAAGAACGCCGCGAUUUCGUCGUCCGGAUAUGGCACAAUCCCAUCAUAUACAAGCAAAGAAGGCGUAUUGAGAGCCCCACAGAAACAAGAUGGUCGAGGCAUUUGGAUCAGUUUUGUGCAGAGCCUGGUUGCUGUUGGGAUGUUCACUGCUAUGGCGGUCACUCUUGUUCUAGUGAUUUUGUAGAUGGGUUGGACUCUUUGCUUAUGUCUUUUGCGGAUGACGGAUUUAGAAUGGCGAUACGAUUCGGCAUUGCUGGCGUGUUUAGGAGCAAGGUAGCAUCAGGAUUCCGUACCGGAGCUUGGAUUUUUCUCGCAUUGUUUACAGUAUGAUCUGGCAUGCGCUAUGAAUAAUGACUUUAGAUACCUUUUGAGAUUUGGAAUAAACAGUUUUAUAUCCUCUACAUGAUUCUUCAUCUGGUUGUUGCCAUGUUUCUUG